AACAUUUAACUCUGCAUAAAUACAUAUAUCACGUUAUACAACAUGAAUAGUAUUCGACACUCUUUACAACGACUGUCAUUAAAUAAUAAGCCCUUUUUGAAUGAACUCAUUGGAACAUUACGGAGGUCUAUAGUAUCAUCGAGUAAACUUUACUCAGAUAAUGAAACAUUUAAUACAGAAGAUUUACAGAGUGAUGAUGAGAAAAAGUAUAGUUUUUUAGAUUAUAAUAAAACAUUUUUUCCCAUCCAAUCACCAGAUGAAGAAAGAAGACCGGCAUACGUAUGCCAUAUGAAAGCAAAUAUAAAAUACAGUCUAAAAAAAAUGUGGUACAUUGCUAGUUUUGUCAGAGGAAUGACCGUAGAUGAAGCUGUUAAACAGUUGAGUUUUAUGCAUAAAAAAGGUGCAAUGAUCGUUAAAGAAACUAUUUUAGAAGCGCAAGAGUUAGCCGUACUGCAACAUAAUGUUGAAUUUAAAAGUAAUUUAUGGGUUGCUGAAUCUUUUACUACUAAAGGUAUUGUGGUUAAGGGAAUAAGACGUCAUGCUCGAGCUCGAAUCGGAGAAAUAAGAUACAUGUAUGUUCAUUACUUUGUACGCUUAGAGGAAGGAAAGCCACCUAAAAAUUAUUAUUUACCUGUUCCUAAAACUGGCGAACAACAGAUAGAGAAAUGGUUGAAAGAAAUGCGAAUGCGUAAAAUAUAUAAUUCUUUAUAAUUGUAUUCUUUAUUUGUGUAAAUAAAUUAAAAUAUUAUAUGA